GAGGAGAGCUCGCCAUGGGAGCUGCUGAGGUCGCUGGCGCCCGCCGACCGUGGGCACCUGGCACGCGUCGCCUUCGCCGUGGCCGGGCUCCUGGCGGGCAAGGCAAUGGCCAUCAUGGCCCCUCUGCAGCUCGGCCAGCUGGUGGACGCGUUGGGCAUGGGCGCAGAGUCGCUCCCGAUCGGCAUCCUCGCCGCAUACGGCCUCGCGCGCCUGUCGACAAGCGCAUUCAACGAGCUGCGGGCGGCGCUCUUCGCCACGGUGUCGCAG